AGUCAGUGUAUUCUGUGGCUUUCAACACUGAGGACAUAAUACUCCAUUUCUACAAUAUCCGCAUCCGCCAAGUGCAAGUGUUAGCAAAUGUCAGCGGUGCCGAAAACUCCUCAAAUGAAUCCUACGACUGUAAUUGUUGAAAAUGGGCCUCAAAACCCACCAGAAAGCCCGAAUAAUAAUGAAGGCAGUCAGUUUUUCCUUGUGAUAAUGAAUAUCAUUAAUUCUCUAACACACAUGCUACUCGGUUGUAUUGUAAUUAGUGCCUUCAUUUACGCAAAUGUUGCUAGAGCGUCAACGUUUAAACAACACAUUUAUUUAUGUGUUUUUGGGUACGUUAUCCUGAUGGCCCAAGCCGUCUUAACAUUUAACCCUCACAAUGGGUGGAGCACCAACAUAAAGUUCCCGGUGAAGAGGAAGCUACAUGCCGUCAUGCAGAUCUGUGGCUCUUCAUUGGCCAUAGCUGGUACAGCUGUACAAAUGGCAAGUGUUUUCAACAACUUGCGGUCGACACAUGGAAUUUUCGGUUUCAUCGCAUUCCUUCUAACCGUGGUUAGUCUUGUGGGAGGAAUAUACCAUUUAAUUUACCAGAAUGAGAUGAAAGGUACUCUGAGGUUCUGUCACGCGAUUGUCGGCUGUCUAACGUUAACAUCGGCCUUCAUAGCUCUGGCUCUCGGAUUCGACUCUAUGAGGAACUCUAUACUGAGGCCGGACACCAACACUAACAUGUUCAUAGCAUCAACUGUUUUGGCACUAGUCGGGACCCUGAUUGUGUCGUGUGGAAAAAUAUUUAACCGGAGAUGUGCUUAAACAGUGACAUAUCAAGUUAAAGUGAGCAACGAAACUUCAUAGACAGUAUUUGAAUAUAUUUAGUACAUUUAAAAAGACUUAUCAAUUGUAAGAAAGUGACAAAUCGAUGCAAAACUGGAAUAAAACCUUACCUUUGAGCGACUUUGAUCUUCGAAUCGCAAUAGUCAUGUUACGGGACUGAACUUAUAUUAUAAAUAGACAUAGCUUCUGUUGAUUGUACGUAAGUAAUAUUUCUGUACUUUAGCCAAUUCACCGACACUCAAAUAUUAAUAUGAGGUACAGUCAGCACAGUCAGUUUUAAAAAGCACUUUUUUGUCACGAAUCAUUUUUUUGUGAGGACUUGCUUUUAUAUAUUAAUUAUAAAAGUAAAAUUAGUCUACUGUAAAUAGUAUUUAUAAUGAUGUUCUUUUGCUAUGAUUUAGCAUUAUGAAUAAUGGUCAUCAACUUCAAGUAGGAUAGGAUAUCGAAAUGAUUAUACCUAAAUGAGUGAAAUGUACUUUCCUAUUGUGUUGUUUUAAUUGUUUAAUCUUGAUAUGCCUUUACGUAUGUUAUUUUGAAAAAGCCUUACUUUGGCCAAAUGGAAUACUAUUUUACCUAUAAUAAAUUGUGAAA